UUCUGUUCUGCAACAGUUUUCUUCCUGUCGGCGUCCAGUGAGUGAACAUGGGAGAACCCAAAUAAUAGUGUUAUUUGUUCUCUGUGAACCGUUUAAAGAACGGUUCUUAAAGAACAUCAACAUGCAUGCGCGUAUCUUAUUCAAAGGUACAGUCGCAGCUGUGGCUGCGAGGAGAAUCCGUACUAUUCUGGGGCCUGUCGCGGCGAAAGAGGGCUGGAAAUACAGCGCACGAGAGGUCAAACUACUGAACACAGCUUCAGGUGACACGGUGAAGAUAGGGGAUGUCUCGUUCCAGCUCAAAGCACCCAGAAACCCUGAACUUGUGCCAGUAAAUCACAUACCGGAGUCCAUGCCACAAGCAGUUGCUCAACACCUUCGGUGGAUCAUGCAGAAAGACCUCCUUGGACAGGAUGUGUUUCUCAUCGGUCCCCCUGGUCCACUGCGGCGGUCCAUUGCCAUGCAGUAUCUGGAGCUGACCAAGCGGGAGGUCGAGUAUGUGGCUCUGUCCAGAGACACCACAGAGACUGACCUCAAACAGCGCAGAGAGAUCCGCUCUGGCACUGCCUUCUACAUAGACCAGUGUGCAGUACGAGCAGCGACAGAGGGCAGGAUUCUGGUACUGGAGGGGCUGGAGAAGGCAGAGCGUAACGUGCUGCCCGUUCUCAACAACCUGCUGGAGAACCGUGAGAUGCAGCUAGAGGAUGGCCGCUUCCUCAUGUCUGCUCAGCGCUAUGACAAAUUGCUGCAGGAGCACACUAAAGAAGAACUGGACUUGUGGAAAAUUGUUCGUGUGAGUGAGGAUUUCCGGGUCAUUGCCCUGGGCCUGCCUGUACCCCGAUACAAGGGUAACCCUUUAGACCCACCCUUGCGUUCUCGCUUCCAGGCUAGAGACGUCUACUACCUACCUUUUAAGGACCAGCUUGACCUUCUCUAUAACAUUGGACAAAAUGUGCCAGCUGAAAGAGUGUCCCAGCUCUUGUCAUGUGCUACUACUCUCUGCUCCCAAGAAUCUGCCAACCUGGGUCUUCCAGACUUCCCUGUGGACAAUCUCCUACCUGCUGUCAAAGUGCUGGACCUUUUUCCUAUGCUGUCAGCUCAGCAACUCAUUCAGAGGCUCUAUCCAUAUGAGGCCAUGCUGGGCAAGGAGGGACGUAAUGCUGUUGAGGGUGUGCUCAGUCGUUUUGAACUACUGGAUGGGAAGAGGCAGUCGUCUCCCCGUGCUGUGGUGCAUGUGGAGCCUGGGCAUGACACGAAUACAGGACAGGCAACAGUCACCCUCAACAUUGCAGACAAAAACAUCACCUUCCAGGUUCCAGCAGGAGCACGGCCACCACGGCCACCCAACAGCAGUCCCGCCUUCAUCAGCACUCCCUCCCACGCUCGCCAGCUAGCCGAAAUGAUGCAGUCGCACCUUGUCAAAGACAUGUGUCUUAUUGGAGCCAAGGGUUGUGGCAAAUCUGUAAUUGCCAGAGAAUUUGCUGAGAUGCUGGGCUAUAACACUGAACAGAUCAUGCUCUACCAGGAUAUGACCGCACGGGACCUGCUCCAGCAGAGGUACACUCUGCCUAAUGGGGACACAGCCUGGAGAGCCUCCCCACUGGUCAGUGCUGCUCAGGAAGGCAAGAUGGUGUUCCUGGAUGGAAUCCACCGUGUUAACCUGGGGACUCUGGCAGUGUUGUCCAGGCUGCUGCAUGACCGGGAACUGGCUCUGUACGAUGGUACUCGGCUGCUGAGGUGGGACCGCUACCAGAGCAUGAAAGAGGAGCUCCAGCUGACUGACAGCGAGCUACAGGACAGGUGCAUCUUUCCUAUCCAUCCUUCAUUCCGAGUGAUUGCACUGGCUGAGCCUCCAGUAUUGGGCAGCAGUUCUCAGCAGUGGCUCAACCCUGAGCUACUCACCAUGUUCUUCUUCCACACAGUCAAGCCCCUUACCAAAUCCGAGGAGGCUGCGGUCAUUCACGGCAUGACUCCAAAUGUUCCUAACGAAGCAGUGGAGCAGUUGCUGCAUCUCACCCACACCCUGAGAAGAACCAAUGACCCGACAGCCCAGUCUCUGGCAUCCUCGUUGUCCACCAGACAGCUGCUGAGAAUCUGUCGUCAUUUGUCUCAGUAUCCUGAAGAAAGCAUUGCUCAUGCUGUAAACAAAGCCUGCCUGUCCAGGUUCCUUCCCAGCUUGGCACGCUCCUCUUUGCAGAAAAACCUGGCUGACUGCUCAAUAGAGGAGCACGCUGACCUAGCAGCAGAGCAAAAACAGUACCACACCUCUGUGGUAAGAGAUGGAGUUCUCACCAUAGGCAAAGUCUCCGCUCCUGUGUAUAGUCCUGACGAGAAGAUGAAGGUGCCUGAUGUGCUUUUUUAUGAGAAUGCUCAGCACAUGAUGGUUAUGGAAGACAUGCUGAAGGACUUCCUGUUGGGGGAACACCUGCUGCUUGUGGGCAACCAGGGUGUGGGCAAAAACAAAAUUGUUGACAGAUUCUUGCAUCUCAUGAAUAGACCCAGAGAAUAUCUGCAGCUUCACAGAGACACCACGGUUCAAACAUUGACUCUUCAGCCAUCUGUGAGGGAUGGGAUCAUUGUGUAUGAGGACUCCCCUCUGGUGAAAGCUGUAAAGAUGGGACACAUUCUGGUAAUAGAUGAGGCAGACAAAGCUCCCACUAAUGUCACCUGCAUCCUGAAGACUUUGGUGGAGAGUGGAGAGAUGAUCCUGGCAGAUGGGAGAAGAAUAGUUUCAGACCCUUUGGAAGCCGUUGCAAGGCCUAAUGUGUUAGCCAUGCAUCCAGACUUCCGCAUGAUUGUUUUAGCUAAUCGACCAGGCUUUCCUUUCUUGGGAAAUGACUUCUUUGGAGCUCUUGGGGACAUUUUUAGUUGUCAUGCAGUGGACAACCCCAAGCCUCAUGCAGAGUUUGCCAUGCUGAAACAGUAUGGGCCUGACGUUCCUGAUGCUGUUCUCCAGAAACUGGUUGCAGCAUUUGGAGAGCUGCGUGCCAUGGCAGACCAAGGAAACAUCACCUACCCUUACUCCACUCGUGAGGUGGUUAACAUCGUCAAACAUUUACAGACAUUUCCAGAAGAGGGCCUGGCUAAUGUGGUCAGAAAUGUGUUUGACUUUGACUCCUACAACAAGGACAUGAGGGAAGUUCUGAUUGCAGUUCUGCACAAGCAUGGCAUUCCUAUCGGAGCCAAAUCCACCAGCGUUCACCUGGCCAAGGAGUUGCCAUUGCCAGAUGGCAAAAUGACUGGGUAUUGGAGUAUUAACCAAGGUGGUAGUCCACGACGGAAACUGCUAUGUCCUACUGAGUCCCAUCGUAUUGAUAUCAAGGGCCCGGUGUUUUUACGAGUGCAGGGUUACCCACUGGAGAGGCAUGAAUCCAGAUCCAUGAGCUUCACAGAGGAACAUGCCCACUGGCAAAUCCCCAUGAAUGAGGUCAACAUUGUCUGUGAUGUCACCACUGCUAACGAUGUGAUUUUUGUGGCCACCUGUAACCCAGUGGCACUGUACUCCAUGCGGGAGCAAGCAGACACACUGCACUGCAUAGAGCUGUAUGACGUCUUCCCUCGCACUAUCAGCGGAGUGUGGCAACCCUUCAUCACUGUGGCUGCGCUGGGCAGCCCUCUACAGGGCCAGGUGGUGCUUCACGAGGAACAGAGUAAUACAGUCUUGCACGUUGACCUGGUGACCGGGGCAGUGAGACGACUGGUCCUAUCUCCAGGUAAAGACGAAGAAACUGAGCGCAAAACCUCAAGCUGGUGGAACAGUAAAGACAGUCAGGCAGGAUACAGAAUGUGCCGGGAGUUUGCCCACAAAAACUGGCUUCUGUUCUACAAGGCUGAUGGGAAUCAGCUGGAUGUUCUGGAUGUGCUGGAGGGUCAAGUCCACACUAUUUCUCUCCCCAUCAACCUUAAGUCUGUGUUCCUGGUGGCUGAGGACCGCUGGCUGCUUACUGAAAGCAAGACUGACAGGAAGUUCCUGCUGACUAAGCCCAUGCACAUGGGAGCAGAAGAGUCAGGUGUGUGUCAGCUGCACACCAUCAGUGAGGAGGCUGUCAGCACAGGCUUUGGCAACCGCACAGUGAUGGAGCCUGCUGCCCCUCAGGAGGUGUCCAGUGAGCAGCUGCCCAACGAAAACCUAAGCACUGCCCUGGGACAGAAGAUCGUCUCGCCUAACCGCCUUGUCUGUGACACCCACACCUAUGCCAGUGUUGUAGUGGGCUUCCCAGAUCUCCUGUCCCUAAAUGAGGUGUACAGCUUUAAGAGGACAUCACCCCUUACAGAGGGCAGAGGUCCUGACAUGUUUUUUGGGUCGAGCCGAAGCACAGGACCUGCAAAGAGGGUUAACUGUGUCAGCCUGGUAGGAGCCAAUCAAGUGGUACGAGCUCUACCCCCAACUCAAGUACCUCUAGCUGACAUUUACCCUAAAGAUAUCACUCCACCUACGACUGCUGCAUACCUGGAGGUGACUGACCUGAACUCCAAAAAAGUCAAAUAUAUUCCAGUACCAAGGACUACAUCCAUGUCUCCCUACACAGUGUGGAUCUCUAAAGUGUCAGAUACUGAUGUAGUGAUGGCUCCACUGGGCACAGGUGGGGUAGUGACUGUAGACAUGGGUGGCUAUGUGAGACUAUGGGAGACAGGAUUAGAUCAUUUGCAGCGCUCUCUGCUGGAGUGGAGGAACAUGAUUGGCUCCGAGGACGGACGACCUGUGCAGAUCACCAUUCAACGAGACAGUGGUCAUGAUGUCACCUCACCAAAACAUGGCAAGAUUGACGCCACCAAUGCACCCCACGUAGGGGGUAAUCAGUGGGCAGGAGGCACAGGGGGCAGAGAUACAGCAGGCCUGGGGGGAAAAGGAGGCCCAUACCGACUGGAUGCUGGUCACAAAGUAUACCAAGUCUCCCAGGCAGAGAAAGACGCUGUGCCUGAAGAAGUGAAGAGAGCUGCUAGGGAAAUGGCAGAAAAAGCCUUCAAACAGAGGCUGAAGGAGAUUGAGAUGAGUGAGUAUGACGCUACCACAUACGAGCGUUUCUCUGGAGCGGUCCGGCGCCAGGUCCAGUCCCUUCGUAUCAUUCUGGACAGCCUGCAGGCUAAAGGGAAGGAGAGACAAUGGCUAAAGAACCAGGCACUAGGGGAGCUGGAUGAUGCUAAGAUUAUCGAUGGCCUGACUGGAGAGAAAGCCAUUUACAAACGCAGAGGAGAACUGGAGCCAGAGUUGGGCACUCCACAGCAAAAGCCCAAGCGCUUACGUCUGCUAGCAGAUGUAUCAGGCAGCAUGUACCGCUUUAACGGCGUGGACGGACGGCUGGAGCGCUCGAUGGAGGCUGUGUGUAUGGUGAUGGAGGCCUUGGAGAGCUACGAGCACAAGUUUAAGUAUGACAUUGUGGGACACUCAGGAGAUGGCUUUGAUAUAGAGCUGGUGAGAUGUGAAAAAGUACCCAAGAACAACAAGCAAAGGCUGAAGGUUUUGAAGACCAUGCUUGCUCACUCUCAGUUCUGUAUGAGUGGAGACUACACGCUGGAGGGCACAGAGCAUGCUGUGAUGGAGCUGGCGCGUGAGGAGGCAGAUGAACACUUCGUCAUUGUGCUGAGCGAUGCCAACCUGGAGCGGUACGGCAUUAGCCCUGACCGAUUUGCCCGCGCACUCACCAGCAACCCACAGGUCCAUGCCUUUGCCAUUUUCAUUGGCUCACUCGGAGACCAGGCUGACAGGCUCCAGAGAACCUUGCCGGCAGGACGUUCUUUUGUUGCUAUGGACACCAAGCAGAUCCCCCAAAUCCUGCAGCAGAUCUUCACCUCCACCAUGCUGUCCAGUGCCUGAGCAGUCCCAGUUGAAGAAGCACCUGUACUCCAUUCCUGACCUGGGUGCUUCUGUACUGGCCUUAAGGUCACACUACAUGUCCUGUCCUGUCCUCACAAUUGACUGCCAUCUACAGGGGAUGCCAUGAUGUGCUUUUUACAGCAUAAGUAUUCAGUUAUUGAAAUGAUUAAAAGGCUUUUUAUCCACUAUGAAUGCACUAUGAGUUCCUUAACUCACUGCCAGCUGCUGAUAGUUUGAAAGGAUUAAGUAAUAUGUUAACAUUAGUAUAUACCUAGUGUUAAUUUGUUGUUAAUAUUUUUUGUUUGGUUAACUUACUGUAUGCACAUAGUAUCUAUAUGUAUAUGUGAAGAUGCUCUCAGGUGAAAAGGUUGGACAAUAAAUAUCAUUUGACAUA